GUGACAAUUGGAGUUUUUUGAUGAAAUAUGGCAUCAACACAGCCAACCUCCUCAAAAAGAAAACCUGAUUCAGUUUCGUCAACUGGCAGCCGUGAGCCGGCAGAUAAAAGACAAAGAUUAGAAGAUGAGUGGGAUGAUGAUGAUGAUGAAUUUUGUUUAUCUCAAGCUGACAUUCACAACAUUGAUGUCAUGUCCUCACAAGCACUGGCUGUGGACCCUAAUGUAGGUGCAAGACCCAGCUCAUCAGACACAACAUUUCGCACGCCAAAAUCGACUUUAUCAUUAAGGAAACAAACUUCUUCAUCCUCGUCGAAUUCAUACGUAUCUGUCAAUGGCAGUGAUUCUUACCCGUCGUCCAAUGAUAGCUACAGACGAUCUCACAGUAGUUCUUCGUUAUCCAGUCACUCUAGUUCUAACGGUGUUAACACUACACCACUCUCAGCAUCUGGUGUCAGAGAUACUCUUCAACUUGAAUUAGACAAAUGGAGAACACAAUGUCAGAAAAUUUCAGAUCAGAAAAAAUCGUUUGAGCAAGAGAUCUGUAUGAAAGAUGGAGAAAUAAAGAAUUUACGGACAAAAUUAACUCAAAAAGACAGUGAACUGAAUAAUUUAAGAUCUGAAAGCCAUUUAAAAUCAGAGGAGCACAAAGUCUAUCAGAGUGAAAAAGAGAAAAAUUUGAAAUCAAAUUGUGAAAAAUUAGAAACCCGUUUGCAAUUUCGUGAGAAUGAAUAUUCAGAGUUAGAAGAAAAGUGUCGCUUAUUGGAACAUCGGCUUCAACUUUUACAAACAACUUCACCGAAAAAAUCUUCCACUCCUACAAAAUCUCAACGUAGUCCUAAACCUACUCGUCUUGCCGUGACUACAUCCCCACGACCAGUCAGAGGACAGUUUCCAACAUCUGAAACAUUCAGAUCUGAUGAACGUCCAGAACAAGCUUCCACUAGUCGAGUUUCUGUCCAGCCUUCAACUUCUGCCACAACCAGUACUUCAGAGAAUGUUUCUGAAACAGGACCCCAAAGAAUUCGAAGGUGUCCGUUAACAUCCACUGUAUCUUCAGUAGAAGUGAGUUAUACUGGGUAUAUUAUUAUUACAGUAGAAGUGAGUUAUACUGGGGUAUAUUAUUAUUACAGUAGAAUAGAAGUGAGUUAUACUGGGUAUAUUAUUAUUACAGUAGAAGUGACUGGUGGUCAGUUGGUAUGUAAGUUACUGGAUAACGAAGUCAGCUCUAGUGGUGAUAUAACAGACCGUGGUGUAAUAGGUGUAUUACAGAUACCUACCAUCAACCCUGUAUUACAAUCUUUACAGUUUAACAGAGACCAAACUAACUUACUCUUACCUCUUAAAUCUAGAAAGCCAUCGGGUAAUAAAACAGAAACAACAACAGAAACGAAACCUAUAGUUGAUAGUGAACAUUAUCAUAUGGCUGUACAUGGUUUACAAUUAUUAUUAAACGAUAUGAAUAGCUGUGAUCAACCAGACUUUAAUGAACCAGCUGUGUUAAUUUUACCGUUACUCUCUGACUAUUUUAAUCAUUAUAUAUCUAUGUUGAAUUUGAAUGAGGAUAAUCCUGUGUUAAACAGUCCUACUAACUCUAGUUCCUUUAAAAGUAGUAGUUGUGAGAGUUCUAUUGAAUCAUUAACAAGUUCAUUAGGUCUGUUGUUAAAGGAUGGUGCCAGUUACGCUCAGAAUAUUGAGAAUUUGACAUCGACGGCAUUGACAGUGUUAAAACAUUUAGUGAUAUCUAGUACCAGUGUGAGAGGUAGUUUAAUCCCCAGAUUAGAUCCAGUACCAGAAGAUCAGAGAAGACAUCAUCAAGCUACUAAUCCAAUUUCUACAGAGGAAUCAUCUGGAAUGGAAACAGAUACAACAGCCAGCUUAUUUACAUCCUUAUCAUCUACAGUAUAUCAUAAAAUAACAUCAUCUAAUAUACUACAGACUGUUAUACAACUAGCUACACCUUCACUUGAUAGCUCUGUGUUUAAUUCUACUAUUGUACGACAAGCCAUAGAUGUACUGACAGCUUUAGCCAGGAAAACUACAGCUUCACAGUUAGAUAGCCUGGCCUGUCUGACUGGUAUAUUAAAUAACUGUCUACAUUGUGGUACAAAUAGUGGAAUAUUAAUUAGUGUUUUACAGUUAAUGAUGGCUUUGAUACAGUUGGAUAAGAUACGAUCUAUUUUAACCAGCCAAUCAGAAAGUUGUCCUCUAUCAUCUUUAUAUCAAUUAACAGUCAAACAACUAGACAUUACCAAACCUGAACGAUUACAUCUUAAUAAAAAAAUUGUAGAGUUUUUGUUGAAUUUUUGUUGCUAUAGAAACGGAGUGAGUAGUUUAACAGAGACAACAUGUAUGUGUUCAGCUGAGUUAACCAGAGCGUCAGUGUUAGUCACCCAUUGUGUUUAUGAAGAUUAUCUACAGUCGAGUGAUGAUAGAUUAAUAGAUGUUAUAAAACAAGGGCUACAACUCCUACAUGUACAAUGGUUAUAUGAUAAUAAUGUAUUAACUAAUAGAGAAUUACAUACUGAAUAUAUCUCAGCUCAUCUGCUCACUUCAUUAUUAAACCUAUUUCAAAAAGAUGAAUCUAAAUACGAAAAUGAAAAAACUUUAUGGUCAGAGAAUACAGGAACAUAUUCUGGCCCAUUCUGGCACAUUUGGAUGGGCGCUUGA